AUGGCGGCCGGUCUGGCGGUCGUAGGGGGUCGAGGUCUUCUUGGUAUUUGGAGUCGCGGGAUUCAACCUUCCUCUGUUGUAGAUGUAAGAAGUUUCUUAUUUUUCUGACUUUCUUUUAAGAGAUGUGAUAAUGUUUGAAAUUAUACUAAGAUGUUUAUGUUGAUGCAUGUGUUAUCAUCAAGUGAUGGGCUGGGCGGUCGUGUAAAUAAGUUUAAUCUGAUUGCCCACAAAUAAGCUUGAGGUGAAGUAACAAACAGCCCUCCGAGCAGAGACUGCCUUCCUUUGCCAAUAUUAAACAAAGAUAUGAGUGAAAAACCCUUUUGUUAAUUUUUGUCAAGCAAAAUCUAAAAGCAGAACAGGGUUCUCAACAGAUUUUUAAAUAGGAGGUGAUCACUGAUAAAGUAGGAGGCUCUUCAGCAAAGCCAGAGGUGUCAAAACAAAGCAAAGAAAAGCGACUUAAACACAAAGUAAGCGGCUAUAAAUCCCAAAGUAAGCGGCGAUCAAUCGCCGGGUGCCGCCUUCUAUUGAGAACCCUGGCAGAACAUAUUAAAGCUUUUAUCCUUUGUGGGAGAGUAUAUGUGUAGUGUGGUGGGAUACCAAGCUAAGAUACCCAAUUUCUUUGCCCAGAAAUACCAGUAUGCCUUAACUGCAAACUUGUUGAUCAUAGUAAUACCUCAGAUUACAUUCUAAUGCCAAAUACUAGUAUUACCAAAAACCCCUGGAUAAGACUGAUACCACUGAUUUCUUAAUCAUAUUCCUGUAUCUUUACAUCCCCUAUGGGAGAUUAUACAGUAAUAAUUCAUUUAGGCUGAAAAUGAUGGUCAGUGAGAGGGAACUGAAGGACAGGUGUUUACUGAAGAUCUAAGUAAGCUUUACCUUGUGCUUUCAUUUCUUGUUUCACAAACCCUGUGACUAAGAUUCAAGUUGACUAAGAUUUCAAGUUGCCAGGUAAAUACUACAAGAAGGCAGGGAAUUAAGCAGCUGGGGACUUCUUUUGGUUUUAUUCUUCUUCUAUUUUCCUAUGGACGAAGUAGCUGGGGGUCACAUUCAUGGGAGCCAGAGGAAAUACCCAGCCCCCCGCUCUUAUACUUAAUGACAGCCCUGCAAGCCUGUAUGAUGAGCACCAUGGUUUCGUUAUUCAGAGCUUUUGCACAUUGACCAGUUGUUUCACCUAGGAGUCAUUUUGCUAAUGUCUUGUUCACUAACAUCUUAUGUUGUUCUGUUUAAGAAGCGAAACGAGCGCUGCCCAUAUGCAUAUGUCAUUCUCUCAGCCAUCAAGCAAAAAAAUGCAAUACACAUGUAACACCUGUUUGUUUCAUACACUGAUCAGGCAAAAGCAGUUAGGGAACUAACCCAACACAUAAGCUAAACAACUUAAGACCAGGGUUCAAAAUAAAAUCACAGCUCUUAGCCUGAAUCUGUAGGCUCUUUUUAUCAAGGCUUAUUUUUUCCUGGCUGUCAAUAAUGAAUGAGCACAAUCCAUCAAUAGUCAACAACAGAAAAAGAAAGCUCUCUUUUUUGGUGUUUGUUCAAGCAUAAAAUAUGUGACUUUGUCUUGACAAACCUUCACACUUCUUUACUCACAAACCAGGGCAGAGCAAAAACAAAAAUAAAUAAUCUGUCAAGCAAUAUGCAUACAAAACUGAAUUUAAUUUGAACUAGUGAAAGGCUUCACAAACGGCACUAAACAAGUUUUUAUGCAAAAUAAAUCUUUAUUACUUGUACCUGUGCAGAAACAUAAGGGCGGUAAUUAAUGCAACACUUUGUUUGUCUAGACAAACUUGCAUGUUUCACCCUUGAAUGAAUAACUGUGUAAAUUUAGUUGUUCAUGGUGAACAAGAAUUCUCUUUUUCAACUUUUGCAGCAUGUGUUAAAUUUCCAAACCUUUUUCUCCUCUACCCUCAUUGUAAAAUGUUUCCAAAAAGUUUUUAGAUUUUUGGCUGCUUUAUUGUCUGAUAUGAAAUGUUUAUCACAACAUUACAGCGACUUUCAUUUCAGUUGGUCAAUCAAAGCAUGACAUUUCUGUUUCUUGUGUGAAAAGUCACUAGCAAGUGUGGCCAAAGUACUGGCUGCCACCCGCAGGUGGCUCCCAUUUUGAACCCUGUUAAGACGUUAGUAAAGAGGUCAUUGGUGAGAUGACCAUAAAGCUGUUGCACAACUCUUAAUAUCCAACUGAAAUUGAUGCUUUGUGUAAUGCACCACCGCUUUUAAUCUGAGUCCCUUCCCCUCUCAACAAACAUACAUGAAUGGUAGCUUAUUUUUGUCAGUAUUGCAGAUGAGUAUUACCAGUUCAAAUGAUUAUUGAUACACCAGCACUGUAAUACUGCUUAUCAAAACACAUUAAUUUUUUGCUUAUUGUUUAUUAGAGAAUACACAAAAGCAAAUUUGUGAUGUUCACAGCAAGGAGUUAUACAUGUUUAACAGGUAUUUUUGGCAAACUGUGUAUUUUUUAAAUUCUUGUGUACUUCCAUGAUUGUAUCAACUAGAUUUAGUUGCUAGAGCCCUGUUUAGCUAAAGUUUAAUUUUUAGAAAAAAAACCCUGAAGCUAAACAAAAACACCUUUAAGAUAAUAGUUGCAGCCUCUUUUUAGUAUUGUUGGCAUCAAAACUGUUGACUAACUGUUUUAUAAAAUCAGCUGUUUGGUAGGCUCAGUCAGAUAUCUCUUUUGAGGCAUUGUCCAGCCUGAAAGAUGAAAUUUAUUGGCUUUUUACACACUCACACUCAAACACUUUAUUAACAACUGAUAUACAAGAAGUCUGUUUCUGCCUGCAAAUAGCAAGUAUUAGUCAAGGCGGGCAGAGACACAGGGGUACAGCAGUCAGUUAUAAACUAGAAUGGUUAGUUAAAAAUAAAUAAAUUAAUAGAUGGGUGCUGACAGGAGAUGGGUGCUGACAGGAGAUGACCUGGUCUUAUGGGUCUCUUCUGGCUACAGGUCUAACACAUUUUCUUAUUGCUUACAAUUACAUUAUUAUGAGCAGUGACAUGGCAACACUAAAAAUUCCUCUUAAAUUCUGAGGUGCAUUAUUCCAUUUAGCCCAGAACUGCCCCUGUCCACGUCCCUUGUACCUUUCUUUUGAUUCUGUUUUCCUUUUUUUCCUAUGAAAGUAACUGGGGGUCAUACAUAUAGUGGCCAGGGAGAUCCCUACCCUCCAGCCCUUAGUGACAGCCCUGUUAACAGCAAACUUAGAGAUAUCAUGCAGCCUUAUGUCCCAGUGGGGGUGAAGUGGUUGAGUGAGUGAGGUGGGUGGGUGGGUGGGUGAGUGAGUGAGUGAGUGAGUAUAGGCUAUCAUAAGACCAAAGGCCAAGUGGUCCUUUGCAGGAGUUUAGACAGAAUGGAACCUAAAGACAUUACAGUUAUUGAUUAUAGCUGGUUGUUUAUGAGAGGUUCUAUUUACAAGAGGUUGCUGAAAAUGAAGGUUUGACUGUACAGUCAAAUAUAAACUCUACUUACUGGCACCUCCAUAAUACAGACACCAGUCACAAAUGAAAAGUUUUUUUGGUCCCAACAUACUAAACUUCAUACUUGCACAAUCCCCUUCUCUAUAAUACGGUCCUCUGUAAUGUAAACACUUGACAUAAAAGGAGGUUAACUGUACUUGUACCCCUUUCAUAAAAAGCAAUGCAAAUUAUGAAAUGAAUUGUCGCAUUUUGUGAAUCAUUGUCUUACAGGUGGUCUUCAGCCAGUUGUGAGAAAUCUUCGAUAUGUGUCCAAUAAUGUGAGCAUCUCAUUUGUAUGGAAUUCAUUGCAACACACCCGAUCAGUGUGCAAUCAGAGACGCUUUCCUUUUGCGGCUAUGUUGUUCCAUCAACAACCAGGAUCGACAGCACAGUCUCUUAUUUUUACGGCUCUAAGAAAUAAGACUUGUCCUAAUCAAGAACUACAAGGAUCUUUUGGUGCAAGAUUCCUUCCCACCCUUAAUCAAUACCGACGAGGUAAAGCGAAAACUAAGAAUGAUAUUUCUGAGAAAUUUGUACCAAAAGAAAAGAAAAUUCUUCUGGGUCCACAGAGAAAAGGAGUUUGUCUUAAGGUAUUUACACGUAAACCAAAGAAACCCAAUUCAGGAAACAGAAAGUGUGCGCUGUUGAAACUCAGUAAUGGCAAGGUUAUCACCGCGUAUAUUCCUGGUGAACGAGCCGUGUUGCAGGAACAUGGAGUUGUGUUAUUUGAGGGGGGAAGAGUUCAAGAUUGCCCUGGGAUAAAAUAUAAGAUAAUUAGACGCAAAUAUGACAUGAAUUAG